AUGCGACCGUCUUGCAAACCAUAUAGCCCUAAUAUUUAUAAAUAUGAGCAAACGUGUUUCGAGUCAGCAUUAAUUGUAGUCAGCAUAACCUUUUGUUUCAUUUCAGCUGAUUGCCGUUCUCAAAUUCAGCGUGCUCGUUACGAGGCCGGCAAAUGGAAGUACCGAUACGGAUAUGACAUCACCGGUGAUCUGCUUGCAAGGCGGCUGUCAGACAUUAAUCAGGUGUACACUCAAAACGCGGAAAUGCGACCUCUCGGUUGUUCGAUGGUACUGAUCGCGUACGAUGACGAAAAAGGUCCCUUAAUCUACAAGACGGAUCCAGCCGGCUUCUUUUGCAGUUUCAGAGGAAUCGGUGUUGGACCAAAGCAACAUCAGGCGAACAGCUUCCUGGAAAAGAAGAUCAGGAAGAAGCAGGACUUCGAUGAACAAGAGACGAUUCAGGUAAGGGUUCAGUCGGGUAACCAGGUCGCAUAA